UAAAACUCAACACAAAGAAAAAAAGAAGUCUUUCUCUAAAAUCUUCGUUUCGCCGGAGCCGGAGAGAAGAGAUGAGAUGAUGAGGUGUAGUAACUAACUACACUGCUCGAUUCGUCGGAAACCUGAGACGAGGUGAAAAAUCUCAUCUUUUGGGUUUUUGGGUUUCGUCUUUGGGGGUUUCUGAAAAUCGCAUCUUGAAGCUCAUGGAGAGAGAGAGAUCAUCACCAGCGAGGAAUAUGUCUAGUAGUUUUCAGAAGCGAUCUGUUGUCUUCGCCAUUAGAGAUUUCCCAUCCGGCUGUGGAACUCACAUUGAUCCCUGCAAGAUUGAUGAUGAUGAUGAUGUUUUUGACAAUCAUCCGAGGGUUGCAGCUCCAACUUGUGUCAAAUCAAAACAACAACAAGCUGGUCAUCAUGUUGCAGCUUCUAGUUCAUCUCACAGACGAGAGAUGGAGACUAGAAGAUCAUCUGAUGAUUCUGAUCCUACUCCUCGUGAGAGAGUGCUUGAGGUAUUGAGCCUCUUCAGAAAAGUAUUCAAAGAGUUGGAUCAACACAAAAAGGCGAGGAGCGGUGGUGAUCAGUUGGAUGCAACAAGCAGGAUCGACAUCAAGACGCUCAAUGUCUUGGAGAAUAUGGGGAAGCAAGUGAACAGUGAAAAGAGGAUCGGAUCGGUUCCAGGAAUCAACGGGGGGGAUGAGUUUCAGUACAAAACCGAACUCCGUGUCGUCGGGCUUCACUCCAAGACCAUGCAUGGGAUCGACUAUUUGAAAAGAGGAGAUCUUAGGCUCGCCACAAGCAUCGUAGCAUCAGAAGGGUACGGCUACAAGGAUACGUUCAACUCUGGUGUGAUGUUUUACACAGGUGAAGGAGGUAACGUAAUGAGCAAGGAAAAGAAGACUGAAGAUCAGAAACUGAUCAAAGGGAACUUGGCGUUGGCUAACAGUAUGAGGCAUCAAACUGAAGUUAGAGUGAUCCGUGGAGAAGAGAGGUGGGAUCGUAAAGGGAAGCGAUACGUGUACGAUGGUUUGUAUUUGGUUGAACAGUAUCGCGAAGAGAGAGAGGCUAGAGGUAAGCUUGUCUAUAAGUUCAAGCUUUGUAGGAUUCCUGGUCAACCUCCAUUGACUUGAUUUAGACUUUNUUUUUUUUUUUUUUUUUUGAUAAUCAACUUGAUUUAGACUUGACUUGAUAUAUUUGUAUCGUCAGAUCAAAUGAAAUAAUAUUGAAGAAAA